CCACCGCACGAUCAAAUCUCCCGCGGGCAAAUAACCCCAAUCUCACAUCACGAAUUUCUCAAAUCGCCUCAAGCACAGAGCAGAUCCCCACACAAGCGGACGGCCUAGUGCCCGGCGUGGUUGUCGUGUCGUGCGCGAAGGUCGACGGGCGAGGAGGGCGCCGUGAUAUAUAUUCUUCUUCUUGAUGCUGCGACGACUCCGGCCGGCGGCCUCGUCUCCAACCCUGACGUGAAGUUCAUUAGGCGGGCCAACGGAAGCAAGGAAUGGGAAUUAAAUAGAACCGAGAGCCAGGGGAGGGCAACAAGAGUAUAGCAAGAGUAGAUCAGCAGCGGCAGGAAAGACGAAGAAAUACUCAAUGAAAGUAGAUCCGGACUUCCACGCGAAUUUCGUCGCAUCGAGCAACAAGAUCACCGUUUGAGCAUCAUCAGCACAGAACUGACUUCGAGCUCGUAAUCAAUGGCUGAGAUGGUCAGUUCUGCCAUUGUUGGGGAGACAGUCAGUCGAAUCUUUUCUGGUAUAACCGGGAGCAAAGACCCGGAGAAAACGGAUGAAGCCAUAGGAGGUGGCCUAGAGAGGCUAGAGAUGGCACGCAUCAAGAUGGAGGCCGCGCUCGAGACAUCCAACAAGUGGCAGAUCACUGACACGCCGCUGCUCCAUUGGCGAAAGAAGCUGAAGCGUGCUGCUCAGGACUGUGAGGACGCGGUUCGCAGAUGCAGACAACAUUCUCAGGAAGAAGACGAGAGAAAACAGAAUGUAAUGCAUUCCUCGUUUCCUAGGCGUAUUGCACAUACGACCAAGGCAUUCAUCUCCUCUUUCGUCGGCCGCGACAAUGAUCAUUGCUCAGACAACAUCGCUGCUGUCCGGAAAUUUGAGAGGUUCGCGGAUGGUGCUACCGAGUUUAUGAGGUUUGUGCAGUUUGGCGGAACACCACGACAGCACCUGUUCUUUGACCCUCUCAUUGGGCAUAUCUUUGCAGGCAAAUCAAUACGAUAUAUGGGGUUGCUUCCAGGAGCCCGGCAUCACUUCUUCUCCUUAUGGCCGAUUGCUUUCGAGGAGCGUGGGCUGGAAGCCAUGCUUUUUUAUGCAUACGAAGAUUGCAAAGUGCUAGAGAAUAGUUUCGCUCUCGGGUUCAUGAUGCGUGUCUUGGAGAGCACGGACAUAAUUGGAACUACUGUCAAGUGCUUGCGACUGGUGACGCCUCACUUCAAAUCCACGGCUGAUGUUGUCACUAAAGAGAUCAUGCAGCUCCCUACACAAGAUUUCUCUUGUUUGCCGCUUGAGGUUGCAAAUGCCAAUGUGGAACAAUACUGGAACGAUAUACACACAACUUUUGCUGGAUGGUUCCGCCCAGAUCCAUUAUGUUGCCAAGGAUAUGAGCACAAUGUCGUGCCUUCCUGCCGCGGCGGCGAAAGCAUCAACGGAAGAAAAUUGAGGCUGUCAAGUAUAUUUCCAGAACCAGUAGGUCUAGUGUUUUUACAACGCCACAUCUCACUAUCCGAGUAUAGUAACCAGCUGCAGGGGUCAGCCACUAGAUAUGUCUCAUCUUCUUUGAAGAAUUACCCACCUUUGAAGUUGGGAAUUUCGUUCGUCCCUCAUUACUCCGAUGAACCAAACUCCACAAGCGAGGGCUCCGUGACAGAGGUGAUAGAUGGAGAGAAGCAACACCUCACACAUGUAAAUUAUCAACCGGAUCAGCUCGACGAGAUGCUGCUGCCCAAGGCCAUAGAAUAUCUCUAUCAUAACACCGAGGCUACGUCUUACGUGAUAAGUUGGAGGUCUAACCAUGGCAGGGCAGACCUAUCCGUGAGCAAGACGACGAUCGCGACAAGAAUAUCAGGAGCACGCAUAGCCUCCACAAGACAAGGUACGAGCAAGAGAAGCAAAAUGCUGCGUGAGAUACUGCAGGGGCAGACGAAAAAUUUGCAGUGGAAAGAGAUAGCCAGGCGUUACUUAAAACUUUGGGUCGUUCGUUCAUCAGAGAGACUGCAGAGCAUGUUUACGGCAUGGCUCAGUCGGUGAGGAAAUAACCAGUGUUUUAUGGCUUAACUUGACGGGAAUUUGGUAGUCGUCCUGCAGAAAAUCUUUGAAGUUAAUGUGUGCCAAGGCGAGCAAGACGUUUUGUUGCGUUGUACUUGUACCGCUUGCAAUGUACUACAUGGUAUUACUUUAUUGUAGUCCUACGUACUUGUUUAUACCUCUUGAGUAGUCAUGUCAUAUGCUAAAUGGUAUAUGUAGUGCAGUUAAUAAUCAGGAUGCAGUUUACAUGUUGA